GCUGCCACCGCCCCCGGCCCCACAGACCCAGGGCCUCGCGCCCGCCCGCUGCUGCCGGCCCCGCCCGCGACCCCGGCCCCGGCCCCUGCCUGGGGGUCCGCGGCCGCGCGGGACCCUCUCCCCUCCAGCCUCGUCCGCCUGCCCAAGACGAGCCCCGCAGGUCAGUGCGGGAGCCCAGUUGCUGAGCCAUGCCGGGCCCCGGGCGGCCGGCAGCAAGCCCAACCCCAGCACCCACAUAGUCAUGAACAGCCACAGACACAAUGGCUUCGGGGGACGGCCACUGGGUGGCGGGCUGGGUGCCCUGGGCCGAGACCCUCUGGACCCCGAGGCCGGCCACCCGCCGCAGCCUCCGAAUGGCCCAGGCAUCCAGGUGGUGGUAGCCAAGAGUGAGCCGGCCCAGCCCUCACCCGGCAGCCCCCGGGGGCAGCCCCAGGACCAGGAAGAAGAGGAAGAUGAGGAGGAGGAUGAGGCGGGUAGGCAGAGGGGCUCAGGGAAGCCCCCCAGCGUUGGCCACCGUCUGGGCCACCGGCGGGCGCUCUUUGAGAAGCGGAAGCGUCUCAGUGACUACGCUCUCAUCUUCGGCAUGUUCGGCAUUGUGGUCAUGGUGACGGAGACGGAGCUGUCCUGGGGGGUCUACAGCAAGGAGUCCCUGUACUCAUUUGCACUCAAAUGCCUCAUCAGCCUCUCCACGGUCAUCCUGCUGGGCCUGGUCGUCCUCUACCACGCCCGGGAGAUCCAGCUGUUCAUGGUGGACAACGGGGCCGACGACUGGCGCAUCGCCAUGACGUGCGAGCGCGUCUUCCUCAUCUCCCUGGAGCUGGCCGUGUGCGCCAUCCACCCGGUGCCCGGCCACUACCGCUUCACGUGGACGGCGCGGCUAGCCUUCACGUACGCGCCGGCAGCGGCCGAGGCCGACGUGGACGUGCUGCUGUCUGUGCCCAUGUUCCUGCGUCUCUACCUGCUGGGCCGCGUCAUGCUGCUGCACAGCAGGAUCUUCACGGACGCCUCCAGCCGCAGCAUCGGCGCCCUCAACAAGAUCACCUUCAACACGCGCUUCGUCAUGAAGACGCUCAUGACCAUCUGCCCGGGCACCGUGCUCCUUGUCUUCAGCAUCUCCUCCUGGAUCAUCGCCGCCUGGACCGUGCGGGUCUGUGAGAGGUAUCACGACAAGCAGGAAGUGACCAGCAACUUCCUGGGAGCCAUGUGGCUCAUCUCCAUCACCUUCCUCUCCAUCGGCUACGGCGACAUGGUGCCCCACACCUACUGCGGGAAGGGCGUGUGCCUGCUCACUGGCAUCAUGGGGGCUGGCUGCACGGCGCUCGUGGUGGCCGUGGUGGCCCGGAAGCUGGAGCUCACCAAGGCAGAGAAACACGUGCACAACUUCAUGAUGGACACUCAACUCACCAAGCGGGUAAAAAACGCCGCUGCUAACGUUCUCAGGGAGACGUGGCUCAUCUACAAACACACCAGGCUGGUGAAAAAGCCAGACCACGCCCGGGUUCGGAAACACCAGCGUAAGUUCCUCCAAGCCAUCCAUCAGCUCCGGAGUGUGAAGAUUGAGCAAGGGAAGCUGAAUGACCAGACCAACACGCUCGCAGACCUGGCCAAGACCCAGAAUGUCAUGUACAACCUCAUGUCCGAGCUGCACGCCCAGCACGAGGAGCUUGAGGCCCGCCUGGCUGCCCUUGAAAGCCGCCUGGAUGCAUUGGGCGCCUCCCUGCAGGCCUUGCCGGGUCUCAUCGCCCAAGCCAUACGCCCGCCUCCACCACCCCUGCCUCCCCGGCCUGGCUCCGGCCCACUGGACCAGGUGGCUCGGAGUCCCCCACACCGACGGCCACCCACGGCCCCUUCAGACUGCGGGUGACGGCUCUGCCUGCCACCAGACUCCUCAAUCUUGGCCAUCGUGUGGCCGCCACCUCCACGCCACCCAAGAAGCCCUGUACAGUGGCGCCUCUUGGAGUUCAAGGAGCUGAAACCGAGUUGGGCUGAUUGGACUGGGGCCCGCCAGACUGUCCGGGCAGAGGGCAGGGCCGUACGGCAGGCAAGGGCAGGGGCGGGCCACCACCGGCUUCCUCCCUGAUUGGAGCUGGGAGAGCCCGGAGCUUCCUCUGGUCCUCUGCCACCCCCAACCCCUGGCUCUCCCCAGGCUCCCGGUGGGUGCAGAGCAGCCAGGA